CUUUCGUUUGUUUUCUUUCUGAUUGACUCGUUUUAGCUGAAAAUUAGAACGUCGGUUAGUGCCGGCGGAGAAUGUUCGGAGUUGAGUCAGUCAGAGAGUUCUGAUAUACCAAACCGCUACUUUGAAGCUGAAGUCGCACAUGGAACUCGAUCUCGAUUCGUUCCUCGUAUCGGACUCAGACUCCGAUUCCGAUUUGGAUUCUUCCUCCGUUCCUCACCGUACAGUCGACGAAAUUCUCAACGCCUCCAGUUCUUCAUCUCCUUCGUCUUCUCCUCCUUCUUCACCGCCGUCAAUUAACCGGCUGAAACAAGACGAUCCGAAUCGCCGCUUAUCAGAAGCCCUUACUAACGUUGCCGUGGUGAGACCUGAAUCUGAAUUACAUCGCGGAUUUCCUCCGACGCGGCGAAGUUCGACAUCUUCUUCUUCUUUGAGACAGUUGCCUUUGCCGUCGCUAUUCGCAGGAGUAAGGUCGAAUGUGAAGCCUGGUGCGGCGCUUGCGGCGGCUGUGGCUGCUUCUAGAUUGGUUCCUACUCCACACGCUGCUAUUAUCAAGUCAAGGAGAGCUAGCAGUGCGAGUAGCGAAUUGCUGCAGCAGGUUUCAAAUCAAGAGGAAGAUGAUCAGGAUGUACUUUCUUCUAAUGGAGAUUCUGUUGGAGUUGCUGCUGGAUCCGUUUCUGUUGAUGAUUUUCGUUCUUUCGGUGGAGAAUCUCGGAUGGAGGAUGAGGAUAAUGGAGUUGCUGGUGUGGCAAGUCAAGAAGACGAAGCUAAAGUAAUGGAAGUUCAAGCUAGUGAUAUUACUGAGAGCUUAGUUGAUACCCGUGAUUAUGAGGCAAACUCAAAGCCUGACUUAGUCACUGCCUCCUCUGGUUUUGAUGCUGAAGGAAACGUCUCUGCAGAGCAAGAUGCGAAGAAGACAACGGAAGCCGGAAAUGCUGCUGUGGAUGACGACAAAGAUGAGACAAUGUUAAUCGCUUCUUUGGUGGAGUCUUCAGAAUCUCAACGUUUGAAUGAUUCUGAGGGGAACUGCUAUGAUGCUAAGGUAAGCAAUGAUGAAGACUCAAGUGUUAUAGAUGUUAAGAGUGAUAAAUCAGAUAUAAUUAUACCGGAUUCUAAAGAAGAGGGAGGUGAUGCUUUUAUCCCUGAUGAUGGAAGCUCGAUGUCUGGCAUUUCAGAGCUUGUAGAAGAAAGGAUUGUUGAGUUGGAAAACGAAAGGAUGAGUAAAAGAGAGAAAUUAAAAUCGCAAUCUUUUAGGAAGCAGCUUGUGUUGGCUGAAGAGUUUGAGAAGAAACAAGCAUAUACUGGUUUGCAUUGGGAGGAAGGGGCUGCUGCUCAGCCAAUGAGACUUGAGGGUGUUAAGAUCGGUUCGACGAAUUUAGGUUACUUUGAUGUCGAUGCUGACAAUGUCAUCAGCCGGACCAUUUCAUCGCAGGCAUUUAAGCGAGACCAUGGUUCUCCUCAGGUUUUGGCUGUUCAUUUGAAUUACAUUGCAGUGGGUACGUCCAAGGGGGUCAUUGUCGUUAUACCAAGUAAAUAUUCCUCUGAUACUGCAGAUCAAAUGGAAUCAAAGAUGAUUUGGCUUGGUUUACAAGGAGAAAGGUCCCAGUCCCCGGUUACCUCAGUUUGCUUCAAUCAGAUAGGGAGCCUCCUGCUAGCAGGUUAUGGUGAUGGACAUGUUACAGUUUGGGACAUGCAGAGAGCGUCGAUAGCAAAAGUGAUCACUGAACAUACUGCACCAGUAGUAUAUGCCUUUUUUCUAGGCCGGGAUUCUCAGGGUUCUCGCAUAUUUAAAGUUAUUACAAGUGAUACUAAGGGUGUUGUUUUCAAACACACUUUUUCUUGGGCCCUGCUGUUGAACAUGUAUACAGUGAAAACGCAGUGUCUCCUUGAUGGACAAAAAAAUGGAACAGUCCUCUCGGCAUCACCUUUGCCUGAUGAAAUUUUUGGAAGCUCCUUGGCCUCUUCUAAGGGGGGUAACUCUGCAGUUCCAUCCAGCAGUAUAAGUAGCAUGAUGGGAGGUGUUGUUGGGGUCGAUUCGACUUGGAAGCUCUUUAAUGAGGAUUCAACUUCGGUGGAAGAAGGUGUUGUCAUAUUUGCCUCCUAUCAAACUGGACUAGUGGUAAAGCUCAUUCCAGAUUUGGAGGUGUAUGCACAACUUCCUCGGCCAGAAGGGGUUCGGGAGGGUUCCAUGCCAUACACUGCCUGGAAAUGCUCAACAGAAAAUUAUUCUAAGGAGGCAGAAGAUAGGGUUUCUUUUCUUGUCAUUGCCUGGGAUCGUAGAGUUCAGGUUGCCAAGUUGGUAAAAUCAGACCUAAAGGAAUAUGCCAAAUGGUCACUUGACAGUCCAGCUAUUGGUGUGGUUUGGCUAGAUGACCAGUUGCUGGUGAUCCCAACUGUGACGGGGCAUUUGUAUCUGUUCACAAGAGAUGGUGUGGUAAUUCACCAGACAAACUUUUUGGUGGCUGGUUCUUCAGGGAAUGACAUAAUUUCCUAUCAUACGUACUUUACGAAUGUCUUUGGAAAUCCUGAGAAAGCUUAUCACAACUCUAUGGGUGUCAGAGGGGCUUCAGUAUACAUUCUCGGGACUGGGCAUCUUGUUAUCUCCAGACUUUUGCCGUGGAAGGAGCGGGUUGAUGUGUUAAGGAGAGGAGGUGACUGGAUGGGUGCAUUUAACAUGGCAAUGUCACUUUUUAAUGGUCAAGCUCAUGGAGUUGUUGACCUCCCCAAAACUGUGGAUGCUAUAAGGGAAGCCAUAGCACCCAGUUUAGCAGAGUUACUGCUUUCCUACGUAGAUGAAGUAUUUUCUUAUAUCUCAAUAGCAUUUUCCAAUCAGAUUGAAAAAAAUGGAGUGACUCAUGAGCCAAGCAGUGGAACCAAUAAUGUCAAUUUAGAGAUAGAAGAACAAUACAAUCGUGUUGGUGGUGUUGCCGUUGAAUUCUGUGUUCAUAUUAACAGGAUGGAUUUGCUCUUUGAUGAAAUAUUUUCCAGAUUUGUGGCUGUACAACAAAGAGAUACAUUUUUGGAGCUUUUGGAGCCUUAUAUUUUAAGGGAUAUGCUUGGAUCUCUUCCUCCAGAGAUUAUGCAAGCGCUGGUAGAACAUUAUAGCAGGAAAGGAUGGCUACAAAGAAUUGAGCAGUGUGUUCUUCACAUGGAUAUUUCUUCCUUAGAUUUCAAUCAGGUAGUCAGAAUUUGCCGUGAGCAUGGGCUUUAUGGGGCGUUGCUCUAUCUUUUCAACAAAGGGUUGGAUGAUUUCAGGUCACCUCUGGAGGAGCUCUUGAUUGUAUUACGGAACAGUGAUAAACAAAGGGCUAUAGCCAUUGGGUACCGGAUGCUUGUUUAUCUAAAGUACUGCUUUCUUGGUUUGGCUUUUCCACCAGGACAUGGAACUCUAAAUCCUACACGCUUGCCAUCACUUAGGACUGAGCUGAUUCAGUUUCUACUGGAGAAAUCAAACGCUCGUGAUUCUAGUACAUGUGUAACAUCUCGAUGGAAUUAUUUGAACCUCUACCAUCUACUAGAAAUGGAUACUGAAGCCACUUUAGAUGUCCUAAGAUGUGCAUUUGUAGAAAAUGAAAUGGUGAAGCAUGAAAGUCACCUGCUAAAGUCCGGUGAAGUAAGUUUAGAGUCCAAGACUGAUGGCAGUUUACCCGAAGUUAGCAACAAUAGACUAAUCCAGAAUCUUAUAGAUGCUCUAGUUCAUGUUCUUGACGGGGGCUUAAGCAAGGCUGAUGAAUCUGGCGAUCCAAAUGAUUCAAAAUCAGAUAAAAAUUGGCCUUCCAAGGAGGAUACAAGUCAUCUAUUUGAGUUUGUUGCAUAUUAUGCAGCACUUGGUAGAGUUAGUAUUCCCAAGAGCGUAUUGGCACAGAUUUUAGAUUACUUAACAUCAGAUCACAUUCUUCCAACUUAUAACGUGUCUUCUAAAAUGAGAGAGAACCAAUUACUAAACCUUCUGAAAGCUGUUCCGGAGACUGAUUGGGAUGUAGAUUAUGUAACACAGCUUUGUGAGAAAGCACAUUUUUAUCAGGUUUGUGGCUAUAUUCAUAUUAUCGGUGGAAGGUACGUUGCAGCUUUGGAUAGCUACAUGAAAGAGGCAGAUGAACCCAUACAUUCGUUUUGUUAUGUGAACAAGAUGCUGUCACAGUUGAGUGGAGAUAAAUUCACUGCCUUUCAAUCUGCAGUUAUUUCUAAGAUUCCCGAGCUUCUUGAAUUGAGCAGACAGGGAGCAUUCUUCCUGAUUAUUGAUAAUUUGAAAGACAACAUUACACGCAUUCAAGAGCAGCUCCAUUCUCAUCCAAGAAGCUUGUUCCUGUAUCUCAAGACUGUUAUUGAGGUUCACUUGUCUGGGAGUCUUGAUUUUUCUCGUCUAAGAAAACAUGAAGCUGUAGAUAAUUCGGGUGAAAACAUUAGAAGGGAAAUACCCAAAGAGGCGGAGAUUUAUUUGGAAGGACUCAAUGGCUUUCCCAAAUUCCUCCAAGAUAAUCCAGUCAAUGUGACUGAUGACAUGAUUGAGCUUUACUUGGAGCUACUAUGCAAGUACGAACCGAAGUCCGUCUUGAGAUUUCUGGAAACCUUUGACAGCUACAGGGUGGAACACUGUCUUCGCCUCUGCCAGGAAUAUGGAAUUGUAGAUGCAGCAGCAUUUCUCUUGGAGAGGGUGGGUGAUGCAGCAAGUGCUUUGUCACUUACACUCUCUGGACUCAAUGAAAAAUAUGUCGAGCUUGAAAUUGCAGUGGAAUGCCUAAUGUCAGAAAUGAAAUUGGGUGCUAGCGAAGGAGCCAGUGUGGAACAAUUCAGUAGUGCUUUAGAGUUGAAAGAGGUACAUGACAUACAAAGUGUUCUGCAAGCCUGUGUAGGAUUGUGUCAGCGCAACACUCCUCGUCUUAAUCCGGAGGAGUCAGAGAUACUUUGGUUUCGCUUUCUUGACACUUUCUGUGAACCUUUGAUGGAUUCAUAUCGGGAACCGAGGAACACCGAUGGAAGAAACAAAGGUCCUUUAGGUGUUAAAUCAUUGGAACUUCAUGUCAAUGAAUCAGACGUUGCAAUUAAGUGGAGGAUUCCAAGAUCUGAUACGGCGGGUACACACAUCCUGAGAAAGCUCAUAUCUCAAUUUAUCAAAGAGAUUGUUGAAGGAAUGAUAGGAUAUGUUCGUCUUCCAACAAUCAUGACAAAACUCCUCUCCGAAAACGGUACUCAAGAGUUUGGUGAUUUUAAACUUACAAUAUUGGGAAUGCUUGGAACAUAUGGCUUCGAACGGAGAAUACUGGAUACUGCAAAGUCUUUAAUCGAAGAUGAUACAUUCUACUCCAUGAACUUACUCAAGAAAGGUGCUUCUCAUGGGUAUGCACCAAGAAGUUUGCUUUGUUGUAUAUGCAGUUGCCCUCUCACCAAGACAUUUUCUGCUCUGCGUGUGCGUGUUUUCAACUGUGGCCACGCAACACAUCUUCAAUGUGAACCUUUAGAGAAUGAGAUGUCGUCAUCUUCAUCAUCAAUUCAUGUCUCCUCGUCAGGCUGUCCUGUCUGUAUGACCAAGAAGACGAGCAAAAGCUCUGCUAAAGGUAAAUCGUUCUACCUAGAUUAUGGACUGAUAAGCACAAUUUCGUCAAAUGCCGGGUCUUCACAACGUGCUUCGCCUUACUCAUACGAGAAUGAAACGAGCGAUCAUUCUCAUAGCCAGCAUAUAUCACGGUUUGAAAUCUUAAGCAACCUUCAGAAAGAUCAGAGAUUGGUACAGAUAGAGAGCUUGCCUCGAUUAAGGCUUGCACCUCCGGCUGUGUACCACGAAAAAGUGAGCAGACUCUCGGGUUUUACCCCGAAAGAGAGUAGCGGUAAAGACACGAAACCUGUAAAAACCGGACAGGGUAAGAAACCGAAAGCAAAAGGAUCGAUGUUUCGGUCAAGAUUUGCUUUAGGAAAGGACAAAACGAGCAGAAGAUAGGAGAAACUUCACAGUUUGGGGAACUCGAGAAGUUUUGUGGUGGGACUAAAUUUUGUUUUGUGUAAUUAGGAAAAUUACUAACUUUAUUAACUUGAUGUAUAUUACCAAAUGUAAUAAAACUAAUUAUAUAACCAAUGUUCAAAAAAUUCCCUAGGUUGGAUCAGAUGAUAUUUCAGCAAAAAAGAGAGCUCUCUUUGUAAUACCUUAGCAAUUAAGGUGAUUCUAACGUAUCAAAGUGUUGCUUUGUUUUGUUUUGUUAA